AUGGACCUUCCCAAGGGAAAUGGAAAUGAAAAUGGUGGAGCCUCGGGUGAUGAACAAGAAGCAUCGAAUUCUCGCAAGAGAGGGAAGACUUAUCACCGCCACACCUCUCAGCAGAUACAACAUCUUGAAGCAUUUUUCAAGAAAUGCCCCCACCCGGACGAUAACCAACGUCGUCAGUUGAGCAAGGAGUUAGGGUUAGAGCCACAACAGAUCAAGUUUUGGUUCCAAAACAAGAGGACUCAAACAAAGACUCAAACUGAGAGAGCAGACAACUCCACUCUUCGAGCGGAAAAUAGUAGGAUCCAGUGUGAGAACUAUGCAAUUAAAGAGGCUUUGAAGAAUGUCAUUUGUCCUGCUUGUGGAGGUCCUCCUUUUGGAGAGCAAGACCGGCAAAAGAGUUUGCAGAAACUUCACUUGGAGAAUGCCCAAUUGAAAGAAGAGCAUGACAAAGUAGCCACCCUUCUUUCCAAGUUUAUUGGGAAACCGCUCUCUCAAAUAGAUUCGUUGACAUAUGCCGCUAGAUCCUCGCCGGAUGUAUCACCAGGAUUGUUAAUAAACCAAGCAAUGAGAAGUUCUGACCUUAGUCAUGAAUUUAUUAAUCCUACAAUUAGUAACAAUGCUGCGCUAGCUUAUUACCAGGUAAAUGCAAUCCCUGAGACUGAAAAGGCAGUCAUGAUAGAGACAGCGGCAAGUGCCAUGGAAGAGUUGAUUAGAAUUUUGCGGAUCAAUGAGCCUAUGUGGAUCAAGUCCAACAGUGACGGGAGAUAUGUCCUUAACCAUGAAAACUACGAUAAGAUAUUUCCAAGGGCUUAUCGCUUAAAAACCUCCAGUGCUCGUAUAGAGUCCUCAAAAGAUUCAGGAAUUGCGAGCAUUAGUGCACUACAAUUGGUUGACGCAUUUUUAGAUGCAAAUAAGUGGGUAGACCUCUUUCCAACAAUUGUGACGAAAGCUAAAACAAUUGAAGUACUCCAAGCAGGAAUGUUUGGGACCCAGAGUGGUUGCUUACAACUGAUGUAUGGGCAAAUGCACAUUCUUUCACCACUGGUGCUUCCACGAGAUUUCUACUUUCUCCGCUUUUGUCAGCAAAUCGAAGUUGGCACAUGGGUGAUUGUUGAUGUCUCUUAUGAUUGCUUUAAAGGAAGUACUACUCAACGAUCAUGGAGGCUUCCUUCAGGAUGCAUGAUUCAAGACAUGCCAAAUGGAUGCUCUAAGGUAACUUGGGCUGAACACGUGGAAGUCGAUGAUAAGACACAAACUCAUCGGCUCUAUAGAGAUCUUGUGUGUGGUAGCGUCGCAUAUGGAGCACAAAGAUGGAUUGUUACUCUCCAGAGGAUGUGUGAAAGAUUUGGUUGCUCAUUCGAUGACGUUUCAUCUAGUAGCGAAUUUGGAGCAAUGUUUGCUAUGCCCCAAGGCAGAAGUAGCAUAAUGAAGCUUUCCCACAGGAUGGUUAGGAACUUUUGUGGAAUGUUGAGCAUGUCAGGAAAGCUUGAUUUCCCUCAACUAUCAGAAGCGAAUAAUAGCGGGGUUCGAGUCAAUGUUCGUAAAAGCAUAGAUCCAGGCGAGCCCAGUGGCAUGGUCGUCGUUGCUGCUACUUCUCUAUGGCUUCCUCUACAUUCCCAAGACGUCUUUAACUUCUUCACAAAUGAGAAAACAAGAGUGCAGUGGGAUGUCCUCUCUAACGGAAAUCCAAUGAAUGUGAUUGCACACAUUUCAACUGGAGCUCAUCCAGGAAACUGUAUUUCUAUUAUUCAGCCUUUUGUACCGACAGAGGGUAAUAUGCUUCUUUUGCAAGAAAGUUAUAUAGACACUCUGGGGUCUAUGGUUAUCUAUGCUCCUGUCGAGGUAGCUACUAUCAAUAUAGCAAUCGGGGGUGAGGUUGACUCUUCUGACAUUCCCAUACUUCCCUCGGGGUUCAUAAUCUCAGAUGAUGGUCGUCCUGAUACUGGGACUUCGAGCAACACAAACCCUGCCAAAUCAGGUGGUUCACUCCUUACUGUGGCUUUCCAGAUAUUGGUUCCCUUCCCCUCACCUUCCCAAGUGCUGAACGUUGAGUCCGUGGCAACUGUCAAUACUCUUAUUAGUUUGACUGUUCAAAAAAUAAAAACUGCUCUCAACUGCGCUGGCUUGGAUUAACUAGUUAGAUUGUAUUUGCGGAUGUUAUCUUGAACCAAACUAGUCUCUUAUGUGUUUGUGACAUUUAUAUAAGAACGAAUGUUUGUUAA